AUGCCGUUGAUUGAAAAAUAUACCACGUUGCGCUGCCCAGAAACGCUCUUCACCUCCAUAAUUGAAGUUGAAAUCGAAAGAGCUGGAAUGCUGGAGUGCCAAACUGGAUCUCUUGAGACCUUUCUCCCACAACAGGCGGCUAGGACGUACAGUACAGAACUAGCCUGGGAACUUGGGGGUGUUAGUCCUCAAGAUUGGGCCACUCCCAGGGCUCCCACCGUUGCCUGUUCAUAA